AAAAUGAACAACUUCCUUUUAAAUCGGCUAUUUUCACGGACUGUUAGGUUUGCCAUUCAGAAAGAGGACACGUUUAAAGAUGACAGCCGCGUUAACCUUUCUUUGUGUUGUUUCUGCUUGGAGUGGGGUGCUGUCCGAUGUACAUGUAGGAGGAAUAGGCCUUCCCCAGACUGUUGGUACCGAGCUGGUGGUCGCUGACACUCGGCUGAAGUUUGUACAGAGUACUGUCACAGGCAGCUGUCGGUGUGGCGGGUCCUCGUGUCAAUGCUGCCAGACCAUCCGGGUCUUAAAGGAGAAAAAAGACGUGUGUAUCAAAGUACAAUAUUUGAAGAAAAACAUUGGAGUCUUGCUUACUCUAACUUGGGGAGGAAAGGUUGUUUACAGUAAAGAAGUGUCGGUCAGAAACCCGCCAGCGAUUUGCCUGAAAGUUCCUUUCCUGAAAAAAGUCGGCAAACUUUGCGUGCAGUUAUACAACAUGAAUGUCGGUAAAAGUGGUCUGUCUGGGUGCGCACGCAUAUCUCUCAAGGUUGCGUUCAUUAAGGUGGUAAAAGUUGAGCUGGGAUGCUUUAAAAUUCCGUUUGCCAAAGAUGAAAUAAUGGAUGUCACAGCUGGUUCCAAAAUGGGGGUGUUGCUACGUAACCGCGAAAGAGAUCUCGAGAUGAAACGUUUUGCCAUUUAUCUGAAGCAUUUGUUUCGAGCAGACCAAUGAACAUAUUCUUGUAUAUAGUCUGACCCAUGAAUAACUACAUGGACGAAAAGUGUAUAGUGUAGAAGUCUAAAAAUUACAGAUGCUUUAUUUGUAUAUGAAAUCAGUUUUCAAUAUUUGCAUUUCUAUAAAAUUUAUUCUUUAAACCCAUUCCUCGGCAAAAAAUGAUUUGAGUUAAUGUUUGUCUUUUAAAAAAAUUAAACUAAGGUCCAAAAGAUAUUGUCUUUUUUGAAACAUGCGACAAUUUUGGUUCAUUCAAACAAUGAUUACUUAUGUUCGACAAUCUCAAACCUAACAACUUUCAGCGUUCUGUUAUUGCUGACAUAAUAUUCACCUAGCAGGUUCUUAGAGGGGUUCAGUUUUGAUUUACUUUUUCUUUCAAUAAUCAAACUUCAAGGAAACCCCAUAAAUUUGAAGGCAGGUAAAGUACGUGUAUUGUUGAAACGAGUAAAAUAGCCUUUACAAUAAUUACUGUAAUAAAAGCAUUACUCCUUAUGAUUUGUCGCAGUAUGUCAAACACGUGUAUCAUUAAUAAAGUAAUUUUAUACAAGCCAUUUAAUUAGCCCAAACUUAGAAUAAUUAUUUACAUAUUUACAAGGGCAGUAGUUCAAACAAAUAUUUUCUGCCUUGUGUUGAAGGAUAAGUAUUAAGGUAGAUCCCUACUCAGACGCGUCAUCAAUUUAGCGGAUAUAAAAAGCUUUAAAAUUGAAAACGAUAUGUGUUCGGAUUUACCGUUUUUGGUUCUAAAUUUCAAUGUUUAAUUGAUAAUUUUGAAUUUGAUAGAAGCAGUCAAGUGUAAAUAAUGUCUACCAGUAUAUAAAUUAAGGCUUUAAUAUUAAAUGAGUCUAAUAGUUGGAAAUCGUGAAAGUUGGUACUGAGAUUUUAGAACUUUUGUGUUUAUAUAUCACUGGCGUCGGAAGCAAAUUGAAAGUAGGGGGGGGGGGGGGCUAGACUAAUCCUCAGAAAUAUUGAGGAAAAAAAAACAAUUCCCAAAACCAUGGAAAUCCUAAUCCGGUGGGGGGGGGGGGGGGGGGGGGGAGUACCUAUUCUUCCAAAAAAAAAAUCUUACCUACCGAAAUGUUUUUCCCCAAAUCAUGUAUGCCUAUGACUCCAACUUCUCAAUCUUUUAAGGUAAAUUUAGGAACAUGGUUAUGCCUAACUUUGCAAAAAAAGUAGGGGGGGGGGGGGGCAAGACCCCCUAGCCCCCCCCCCCCCCCCCCCGGUUCCGACGCCUAUUUAUGUGCAGAUGAAAGGCACUGUUUAUCCAUAAAAUUAAUUUGUACUCAAGACAUGUAGUUUUGAAAGAAGACUUUAAGUGUUUGUCAAAGCAACGAAAUGAAAUGCUGUUUUCUGAUAUAUUUUUAAAUUGUGUUUAUGACACUUUUAGCUGCAUUUGAUAAGGGGGUAUAUGUGUUCUAAGGGUCAUAGAAAAAAAAGAAGCAUGAGAAGUACUAUAUUUUUUUUUUGCUUUUUAGUUGCAGUAGACAUAAAUCUAAUAUUUUGAAGUUUAAAAAAGGGUGUUUAACCAUAAAAUUUUUAAGAUAAGUUAAAUAAUGUGCAAUUAUGUAAUAAUUUUGAAAUAGCAUUUUUGUAACAUUUCAUUAUAAAAUUUCAUUUUAAUGAAUUAAAUGAUGAUAAUCACACUUGUAAUUACUUUCUUACAUAUUUAAUGAUAAAUUAAAACUUUUGAAACUUU